UUCUCUUUCUAGAAAAAACACAAACUACCACCACCACCACUACCACCAUGGGAAUUUCCAUUCAUGAUCUUCCAAAGCACUACCCAGAAACACAACAAUUCUAUUCUGUAAUCAUAGACGAUGAUCGAAUCAGAACAGUCGUCACUAAGCAUUCUUCAACAGUCGAUCACUGGAUUAGCAGGAUUUACAGUGAUUACAAUGGAGUACUAGAUCAUCUUAUCGUUGGUCUUGAUUUAGAAUGGAAACCUACUUAUGACCGUUACAGAAAUCAAGUCGCAACACUACAACUCUGUGUUGGUCGUAGAUGUUUGAUUUUUCAAAUCAAACAUGCAGAUGAAAUCCCUUCUUCUCUUGUUGAGUUUCUCGGAGACCCUGAUUUUACAUUUGUUGGAGUUAGGAUCGAUGAAGAUAUUCAAAAACUUGAUGAUGAUUAUGACUUAGAAGUUGGGGUUGCUGUUGAUCUUAGGUAUUUGGCUGCUGAUAGGUAUAAUUCGAAGGCACUCAAGAAUGCUGGGUUGAUGGGAUUGGCUGGAAUUGUAUUAAACUAUGGUGAUAUUGAAAAACCUAGGCAUGUUACUAUGAGUAAUUGGGAGGAUUAUUGGCUUUCUCUCGAUCAGAUUAAGUAUGCUUGCGUUGAUGCUUAUGUUUCUUUCGAGAUCGGUAAAGAACUCCUCUGAAAAUGGUGUGAAUCGUCGAUUUCCAGUUCUGUUAGGUUUUUUUUUUGCAUGCUUGUUUAUGAAGAUGUUAUUAGGUUCUUAGUGUCUUAUGCUUUUUUUUAUUAAGUUAGGGUUUCAAGGUUUUGCAUGCGAGUAUAAGAAGAUCAAAGUCAGGGUUUAUGUUAAUGCUUAUGAGUGUACGACUCUCUCUGUAAACAUUUACAGUUUUUUUUUUUUUAUGUUGAUCGUUCUUCUACUCUAUUGUUGUUAUCUAACAAGCCUUUGAUUAAAUAUUUUCUGGUUU